UGCAAAAAACUGGGAAGAUCAUUUCGGGGAUCUUGGCUGUGGGGAUUGGAGUUGUAUUUGUGCAUAAAGCGAUCUCAGAGUUGUACUCGGGGAGGAAAAGAGGGAAGAAUGUGUAUUCUGAUGAGGAGAUUUUGGAGUCGAUUAGAAAAACAACGAAAAUAGAGAUUGAAGCAGAGGAAAAUGAGAGCCAGAUAGGAUACCAUACAGAAGAAGCUAUCGAGAAGUUUACUAAGCUCAUUCUCAUGGAGCUCAAAAGAGGUAUUUCAUAGAAUCACCAGAUCUAGAAUAUGGAGUUAUGUACCAACAUUACUCAAACUUAAUUUCCAAAUCUAUAACCCUUUAUGGAGAAGAUAGUGAUUUAGUCAAAGAAACCAUCAAAGAAGUUGUUUCAAGACUGGACUUGAAAGAAGCUAAUGUAGAAGAAAAAAUAAUUGAAAAAUAUGAAAUAAACACAGCUACUUUGACAUUCUUGCUCGAUACAGUAGAGCUCGAAGAAAUCGAGGAACUAAAAACUUGGAUGAAAGAGUCUAAAAUAAAAGUACUUCAAGGUGAAUUCCAAGUUUACCUUGAUAAAAGCCUUGUAGAAGUCAAUACAGACAAUACAAAAGUAACUAAUAAAAUCCCAAAAGAGCUUUAUUAUGAGCUCUUAUCUAAAAUCCUCUGCGAUCUCCGUCAUGAGGUUAAACUCAGAAAGGAAAAGUUCUAUGCUGAAGGUAAUACAGUAAUGACCACCAAGGACAGAGACCAGAUAUUAAACUCCAUCGAUGGCGUUCAAGUGAGAGAGAAUGUGUUUAAAGAAUUUGGAAUAAAAAGUAAUCUGCCUGCAGUAGAAGUACUCAAAAACUGCUUCGAUGCAUACUCAAUUGACUUGAACUUCAAAAUGAAAGUAACGACUCUUUCCCAAGAGCAUGAAAGAAAGGUAACACAGAUUCUCUCAACCAGGAACCAAGAGCCAAUGCUUGCUUAAUAAAGAAGGUUAUAAUUCAA